AUGCCCAAAGCCCCCAAGGCCCCUGCGAAGCCCAAGCACGACCCACUUCACGUCCAGCUCGGCGAAGACGAGGUGCACGCAAAAUACGGCCGCGUCUCCCAGCCAGGCCGCCGCCGAAAAUCGCGCGCAAAGGACGACGAGGAAGAGGCCGGAGAAGCUAUUCUCGACCCAAAGACCUCGCGCCGCAUAUUUGAGCUCGCGCGCGACCAGCAGGACGAAUUCGACGACAAAGAGCUGGACGACGAAGACGAGGACGAGGAUGAAGCCCAGCGGCGCUUCACCGCACCUCGCGGUCCUUCGUUUGAAGAUGAGGAUGACCUCGACCUCGACCAGUUUGAGAAUGAUGACGAAGAGGAAAUUGAUGAGAUUGAAGUUGAUGAAGAUGACAUGAGGGCCCUUGACGCUAUGCUCCCGCCCAAUAUCGGUGACCGGAGAACACUGGCUGACAUUAUCUUCUCGAAACUUGAAAACCUGGAAGCGGGGUCACCCGACGUCGCGCGCGACAAAGCUGCCGACCCAAAUCGUGCGCCAGAUCCGGCGGCCGGACUCGAUCCGAAAGUUGUGGAAGUGUAUUCAAAAGUCGGUCAAAUGCUGACCCGAUACAAAUCUGGCCCGCUUCCAAAGCCAUUCAAAAUCAUCCCUUCUCUGCCCCAGUGGGCCCGUAUUUUGUCGCUCACACACCCGGAAAACUGGUCACCACAAGCAUUGGUGCUGCUGGAUGCAAUACGUGAAGAUAUUCGGCUCACGCGGGAAGGCGCGCGCAAAAACAAGAACCAUCGGAAGCUCAAUGUGCACUUCUACGAGAGUCUCAAACGCUCAAUGUACAAGCCUGGCGCGGUGUUCAAGGGGAUCGUGUUCCCGCUCUUGAGCACUGGUUGUACAUUACAAGAGGCUGCCAUUGUCGCGUCGGUUCUCGCGAAAGUAAAAAUCCCGCUCGGCCACUCGGCGGCCGCUCUCAUGCGACUCGCUAAUAUGGACUACUCGGGCGCCAACUCGUUGUUCAUUCGGGUGCUUCUCGACAAGAAACAUGCGCUGCCGUACAAAGUCGUGGACGCACUUAUCUUCCACUUCAUCCGUCUCUCUAACACGUACAAAGCCCGGAAAGCGGGUGACGCGGAGAAGCUCCCCGUGCUUUGGCAUCAGAGCCUCCUCGUGUUCUGCCAAAGAUACGCAGCAGAUUUGACACCGGACCAGAAGGACGCCCUGCUGGAUGUCAUACGUGUGAACCCACAUCCUCAAAUCAGUGCGGAGGUUCGCAGAGAGCUUGUCAACUCUGUCGAGCGAGGGGCUCCGAGACCUGAUGCAGACGGGGACGUCUCUAUGGCAUAA